GGACCUCUCUUCAAGAGUCUGGUCGAGGCUCACAAAAAAGGUUCGCCACAAUGAGAAAUCUAUGGACGUCGUCGUCUCGACAACGAUCUAGACUUAUUUUGUCAUUCAAAAUCUGUCACUGUAAGAGAUAAAACCGUAAUCUAAGGGUAUCAUAUCCGUCGCUUUCUGUAAGAUUUCAUAUACUGUCGGUAGGGGUCAACACGGCCACUGGCCGCGAAAACGAUCAAGGAUCAUCCAGAAAAGUACGUCCGUUAUUCGGCGUUAAUUAACGUACAAGUUUAGCCUUCAUGAAAGCUCUCAUAGCGCCUGAUGGGUAGGCAACAUCUUGCAUGCAGUGCUCACGUGUACUGCGGGCUGGCCUACCACGAGUCUCGCAGGCGCCAGGCUACCGUAAUUUACAGAAUGCUUUCUGAGAAAAGCGGGCGUAUUUUCCGGACGAUCCCAAAGUAGGACGGCGGCGUGGCUCGUCUACUAUACGAAAAGCAAAACGUACUUUAACUUUGAACCAUUCAACGAGUAGAAUCGGACAGAAGAGCCGAUGGGAGAAAGUAAAGGAGGUGCUUCUGAAAAGAGGCCCACCCCCAUCACUCUCUUUUAAUCGUCCUUAAUGGAUUAUCGACCGUUGCACUGGUGAGGCGAGCGCUUAGGCGGGCGACUCGUAGUGAUGGACGCCGUGCCCGCCGCAGAACACGAGCCGCCGGCCCCUCCGGGCUGGGUGCGCCACUGGGCGCGGCAGUGGCGCGCGCUGCUCGCGCUGCUCUCCGUGUUCGGGAUGAACUGCACCCGCGGAUGGCCCCCGCGGCCCUGGCGAGGCCUCCGCUGGUACGGCAGCCUGGUGCUCGCGGUCAGGAUCCUCCACGACGUCCAAGCCCUAAUUGAAAUUAAGACCACUCGCGAGGAUAUAGGCAAGAUCAACUACAUUGUGUUACUAUGCCUCUACGAAAUGAGCGUCAAGCUCGUCGGGUCGGUGGUCUCGCAGGUUGUGAUGCUGGUGCGUCCCGAGGACGUGUGCCUCGUCACCGAGUGCAUGCUGCUCUACAGCCGAGUCGGUCAGCCCGCGGUCUGGGGUGCCGUGGCUUUAGUCGGGCCGACCUACGUGGUCGGGCUCGUGCUGGUCGCCGGCCCUUCGACUUACGCGAUGGCCACCACGGGAACGUGGAUGCAACUAUUCUCCUACAUGCUGGGAGACUUGGUGCCGUCCGUGGUGAUGAUGCUUGUCGGGAUCAUGCAGCUUUUAAUGACCGCCUUGUACGUGGGCUUCGCCACGGACGAGAGCAGUAACGUGAAGGGGUGGGUCUCGGAGGCGGAGGCGAGCAAGUGCCCGGCGCACGUCGAGUUGCUCCGUAAGCUGCGGGUGCGACAGCAGUUCCUGCACGACAUGGUGCUGCACCACAACUCGGCGUUCGGCUGGUGCUACCUCAGCUGCCUCGCCCACGUCUUCAUGGAGACCGUGCUGUGCCUUUACCUUGGCCUCGCGCAACUUCGGCAAGUGGCAGAUCCGUCGGAGCCCCUACUGAACGCGUGGUUUUGUACGUGGGGCGCCUUCGAGCUCACGAUGUUCUGUGGGAUGUGCAUAUUGGGCCAGAAGUUGGUUGACCACCACGGACAAAUGUACUGCCUGUUGCGGGGCUUCUUGGUCUCCAACCCUCAACUCUGCACUGAAGCAAAGCUGGAGCUUCAGGGCUUUGCUCAGCAAAUACGCAGGCAGGACAACCGCCCUGGGAUUUUUGGCCUGAUCCACUACGACUUGAAGACUAUGAAAGCGGUAAAACUCAAAACAAGAGAACGAAUUCACAAAACUGAUCAGUUACGCACCAUACCUAUGUUUUGUUUGGCUACCGGCUUUUAUUGUCAUUGCAUUGUGCUUCAGGGUUUCGCGUCAACGGUGACUUAUAUAAUCGUCCUCAGCCAAUUCGAACCAGCUGUGGGCCACUAAACUCUUAGGACACAGUUGAGGUCUCCGACCAAAUCUUACCUCAAAAACAAAUAAAGUAGUGUCGUUCCCGAACUUUAUACAAUAAUGUAUCUACGAAGACGCGGACUUUUUGCAAAGUUUUCCGCCUGAACAAACAUGACACACUGUUUAAAAAGUCGACACUAAUUUAACAGAUUGAAACUGUCAAUCAUUUAUUAAUAAUAUUGUGUUAGUUAACACAACUGUAAAAUUGAUAAUUGCAAAUUUGUAAGUGACUUAAAAUUAUAUUUUUAAACUGUGCAUGACAAAAACAAUGUCGAUAUUUAUUCUACAACACUUUGGGCUUUCUCUUUACUGUGGAUCGUCAGUACAGGCACAUGUGUGUCGCGUCCAGCCAAGGGACGAGCUCCGGUGCUGGCUGUUGAUCGACGCCGACAGCCCGCAGCGCCCGGCGUGGUAGGCCGCCCAUUGUACACCUGAGCUCGCCGGCGCCGCUACCGCUGCUUAUUUUGCUGCUCGCGACGUUGCCCCCGCCGCGCCCGUGACCCGCCACCAGCAGAAAUAGCAGCCGCAUGCCAAACUGAUUGUACCCAGCCCGUGUAAUGACUCUAUAGACCCCGCUCACCUACCGAGAGUUAUGUCGAGUUAUGUGAUGGUAGUAGCAGUAAGAACGCUCAAGUUGUCAUCUCU